AUGGGUGGCGGCAGCGAGGAUCUUUAUACGCUACGGUCCACCUCUCCACUUCAGAAGCAGUCGCUUAUGCAACUGCACGGUGCUUCAUGUCGGUUUGACUCUACUAUAGCUGGGAUCCACGGAUCUCCCUCACUAGAGGGAUCACAGCCGGUGGAUUCAGGGGAUGGACUCCCUGUUUCUGCUGAGCCAGGACUGACUCAUGACAUCAUUGUAUCCCGCACGUCGGUCCGGCCAAAAGCCUGCAAUCAAGUGACUGAGAGGUGGAAGGGAGGCGGUUUGGAGUCGCCUCCAACAAAUAAGCUCCACAUGUCCACUUCGGGAGAACGGAAGUUCUCCCGAAGUGGACAUGUGGAGCUCUCCGAGUUCAUCAUGACGACUAAGACCAUCCAUGGAAACUCGCAAUUCCAGAAGCCCUCCUCUCUACGCUAG